CAUAAGUGAGUUGCAAAAUUCUAUCUAGUCUAUGUUUUACGGCUGCUGACCGAUCAUGUUUUUAAGUGGGUAGAAGCUAUAUGUCUUACUUUUGUGAUGACUGUACGAGUUAUUUGUAAGAAUGCCAAUCCAGGCGCCUCAAUGGACGGAUUAUUUGAACUGUCCUGUGUGCUGCCGCGAAUUCGGCGCUCCGCCCCGCAGCCCCAUUAGCCUCGGGUGCGGCCAUACGCUUUGCAAACAUUGCCUCAAACAUUUACAUAGGAAACAAUGCCCCUUCGACCAGGCAUUAAUCCAGGUGGAGCCGGAGGAGCUGGUGGUGAACACCGCGCUGCUGCAGCUCGCGGGGUACACGCCGCCCGCGCAGCCCUACCACCCGCCCUCCAUCCAGGCGCUGCCCGAGCACGACAAGCAGGCCUACGACUGCAUCAUCAAGUGCAUGGAACAUCUCGCUGUUUACCUCAAGUAUUGUGGCAAUGUUAACAACAUAAUGGCCAGCACGCGCCUGUCCCGGCCCAUGCAGCGCAAGCUGGUGAUGCUGCUGCAGUGCGUCAUGACGGACGAGGAGGGGCGCGGGCGGGCGGCGAGGGCGGCGCGCUCACUCGGCGAGCGGACCGUCACCGAGCUCAUACUGCAGCACCAGAACCCACAGCAAUUGAGCGCGAACCUGUGGGCGGCGGUGCGGGCGCGCGGGUGUCAGUUCCUGGGGCCGGCGAUGCAGGAGGAAGUCCUGAAGCUAGUCCUGCUAGCGCUAGAAGACGGAUCCGCAUUGUCUAGAAAGGUGUUAGUGAUGUUUGUUGUCCAAAGACUGGAGCCUCAUUUUCCGCAGGCUUCUAAAACUAGCAUAGGCCACGUCGUCCAGCUCCUAUACAGAGCUUCUUGUUUUAAGGUAUCAAAACGCGAGUGCGAUUCGUCUCUAAUGCAGCUUAAGGAGGAGUUCCGUACGUACGAGUCUCUCCGACGCGAACACGACGCGCAGAUCGUUCAGAUCGCGACCGAGGCGGGGCUGAGGAUCGCGCCCGACCAGUGGAGUGCGCUUCUGUAUGGCGAUACUGCGCAUAAGAGCCACAUGCAGAGCAUUAUAGAUAAAUUACAAACACCGCAGUCGUUCGCUCAGUCGGUGCAGGAGCUGUUCAUAGCCUUGCAGCGCACCGGCGACCCCGCGCAGCUGAUCGUCAUGAGCCUGCAUCUAGACAGGCUAGCGAACAUCGAUGCCAGUCCCGACGCCAAAAGUCCAUCGUGGCAGCAACUAGCGGAGGUGAUGACGUCACUGAAGGAGGUGGUAGCCGGCCUCAUACACUACCUGCAGCAGCAGGCCACGGGCAGGGACUCCAACCACAACCAGAAGCACCCCGCGCCAGAACGAUGUCUAGACUCCAACACCAGUCAAAACUCCCCGGCGACGGCAACGUCGACACCAACACACACAAAGUACAAGGUGUCGAUGUGUCGCGACGCUGCCGCCAGCUCGUUCUGCCCGCGCGGCAGUGCCUGCACCUUCGCGCACUCGGAGGACGAACUCGAGAGGUACCGAGUGAGCAUGAACGGUAACUACGCGUACCUGGUGAGCGGCGGGGGCGCGGCGGGCGUGGCGGGCGCGCCCCCGCCUCCCCCUGGGGCGCGGCUGGCCGUGCAGCCCUACCCGCCGCAGUACGCGCUGCCGCCGCCCAUGCUCGAGUCGCACGCCUAUACCGCACCACCACCAGCGCCGCACGUGAGCAUCCCGCAAGAGAUCGGAGAGAACUCGCACGCGCAGAACGGACACCAACAUCAUCCACAAGUAUACCUGCCCAGCUCGCACCCGCCGGUGAUAAUGGCGCCGGCCCUGAUCGGUGGCGAGGUCCUGCUCCCGCAGCCGGCUCCCGACGACCAGUACUACCCUUACGCCAGGCGCCUGUCAGCUGAACGCAUCACGUACCCCUUCUACCCCGCGCCCUUCGUGCCGCCGCAGAACGCCGUGCAGUAUGUGCCCGCGCAGAACGGACCGCCGAGGGAAGAUAUCGUCUAUCCGCAGCGCGGCGAGCUGCGUGCGGAGUACCGCGCCGAGUACCCCGCCGACAUGCACCCGGAGUUCGAGCUGCGGCCCGAGUACCGCGUGUACCCGCAGCCCGCGCCGCCCUACCGCGACAUGCAUCUCGAGCGCCGCGCCGACGAGGUCUGGGCGCCCAACCCCGGCGAUAUGUAUAACUUUGGGGAGAUGAGAACCGCGUUGUCAAGCUCACCGCUCACGACGGAGGCGUUUCCUCACAACCGGGGCGCUAUAAUCGCGGGGAAGGCGUCACGUCGCGCGUCGCCUGUAGAGGGCGCGGGGCCGCGGGCGGUCGGCGGGCCCGUGUCCGUGGCCGGGUUCCCGCUGGCGAGCAUGCCCCGCGAAGCCCGCGAGCUGCCGCGCGAACCCCCGCGCGAGGCCCGCGACCCCCGCCCCGGCGAUGAGCGCGCCGCCCUGCCCGACCGCAUCGCCACCGCCGUCGAGCUGUUCCGCAGGGUCGGCUAUGACGACCAAGCAUUAGAAGCCGGCUUACAAGAACUUGAGCGGCGCAUUGAUACGGAAUUUGAAAACGCAGACUAAUACGUAUCACUGUAUAAUAAUUUUCAUGAGGCGAUUUCAUUAUUAUUUCAGUGUUUGUCGGUUUACACGCGUGUUCGCGAGGUCGCCCGACUAGUUUCUUACUAAAUAGGAGCCCUAAACCAAGAGCUGGCGACGAGGCUGGUCGCGCGGCCCCGGGAGUGCGAGCAAACCGAUAAACUCUCAAAUAAUACGUAUCUCUUUAUUACGAGGAAGAUGUAAAUAAUUGAAAAUCGUGAUUUUUAUUAUAAGAUAAAUCAAUAAGUAAUUGAAUGACACCUUUGAAAGAAUUCUAGAAGACUGUGUUUUGAGAGUUUAUGAUACGAGUUUUUCUAGUUAUACUGACUGUCACAGUUGUGACGUCACACCAACGUGCUCGCUCGUACUCUGCAGUAUUUUGUCAUUAUUCUGGUUACCAUCAGGUAUUUUUGCAGCGAUGAAACGUAAGAUCAUUUUUUACUUUUGAUUUUGUUACAUUAAUCAUCUCGCAGGGCCUUAUUUAAUACCGUAUUGCACUGAAAGCCCUUACUUUUAUUCGUAUUUAGUCAUACAAAGUUGUUUGUAAUCUAUCACCACAUGAACAUUUCCACUUAUUGAGCAUUGUUCAUACACACUUACACUUUUUAGUAAAAAACUUUUUACUAACGUGUUAGUGUAUUUAUGCUUUACAGACUUUAAAACAUUACUCGGUUAAAAUUGAAUACACAACAAUACAAUACACACAUUUACUCAAUUUAAACACACAUUUCUUAUCAUGUGGUAGAAGGCAACGCGGUUUCGCAGUCUAAAUCGCCCGUUGGCCUCUGAUUUUUUCAUAUACGCCCUUGUAUACUCAGGCGUGCCACUUAUGUAGUAAUAUUAAACACACACUCGAGCUCACACAUACUAACAAACUUUUUUAUAACACUCACUCAAAGUCACUCGUAUUUUUUAUACUUGUGUGAAUAAUCAAAGUAUUAUCAUAUUUGUUUGCAGCUGUUCGAAGAGGUGAUUAAUGUGCAUAUUAUAAAGUUAGUGCAAUCUUAAUUGCUUUGGAGCAUACUAAUUCCAGAAUAAGAUUACUUUGUUUUAACAGUAUUUUAUAUCACUACCAUUUUAUUUACAAAACAGGUAAUCUCUAAGAGAAAAUCUCGUAACAUUACUCUCAAAAAUACUGUUUUCUCGUCUAACAUUCUUUCUCUGGUUCGAUAUACUAAGUUAUAUUUUUUCUACAUCAUGAAAAGUAUAAAUCAUCUUCCUCAUUCUUAUAUUCUAAAACGCCGACUUUUGUUCGGCAACAAUCAUUGUUUUUGUUGCAUGACACUAAGGUCAUUUUUGCAUGUCACUUGAAUGGUUACAUCACAUGAAAUUGGUACUUAAGGGCCCUUUUCGCAUAGGACUGCUUGUAAAGUAAGACGGAUAUCAUUAGGGAGUAGGUGCGACAGGCUCGUUACAUUAGCUCAUAUAAAUCGGUACAAAGUCUCACCAACUUUACAAGUGAGUGAUUCGUCCGAGUCGCGUUCAUUGUAGCCCCUUAUAUACCUCACCGUUGAUCGGUAUUUGCAAAUAAUCGUUGCUACUCAAAUAUAUAGGGUGUUUGCUCAGGCUUUGUGUAUAUCAGGGUGUUUAUGACCUGUUUCUAAUGCUAUUCUUCCCGAAGUGGCAGCCUUUUUGUUUGACAUAGAAUUUUCGAUGCAUCAGCAAUGCAAUUUUAAAUAAUAUCUUUCACAAUUGCACAUUUACAAAUUAAUCUUUACAGUGUACAACGAAAUCGAACAACUAAAUACAUUCUAUCUUGCUACGCAGACGUCGAUAGUUUCUAAAAUAACAGAGCGUCUGAAACUCCCAGAGAACGACCUCACAUCAUAUUAAAGUUUCUGUUCAAUGCAAACCCCCUGUAUACACAAAGAACUUAAAUCAAACACGACCAAAUACAGAGCCUUAUUUAUACACGAAUAUAGUUAGACGGCCAUCGAAUACAAGGCCGCGCGGCUGGACCGAUAUUCAGCUUAGCAAGCAAUUACGAAGCAAAACUCGCAGCUGCAAACCAAGCGCGGUUUCAGUAACGAUGAGUUCGUAUCCAUGUGCCUAUAGUUAACGAUUUGUUCAUACUUUAACUGCCAAUAAGCAAUCAGAUUCUAUAUAUAUAUAUAUAAAUGUUAUUAUAAAUAAUUACCGAGGCGGUUACUCCAGAAGCAAUACAUUAGUACUACUUAACUUGCACUCCCAGUAACUUCAGUUCUUCCUAAGUUCUGAAACGAAAACCACAUCAGAACUGACUGACAAUAUGAAAUUAAAAUAAUUUAUAAGAAAUCUUUUCUUAGAUACUUAAAAUCGCUAGCAAUUCCGAUAGAGAAAAAUAUUGACAACCCUAAUAAGGAAAAUAUGUAAUAGUUAUACAGAAUAGUUGAAAUAAAUAUUUAGAAUAUAAUUGUUUAAGGUUGACGGUUUGAUAUUUUUGUGCCUGUUGGUUAGAUAGCUGGAGCGUCUACUAAAUACAUGAAGGUUCGGCUGUUGCGUCAAAAUUGUAGCCAAUGUAGUUUCCCGUGAAACGGUGGACUUGUGUAGGUCGCGAGAUAAGCUUACUUAAAUAAAUCCUCAGAAUUAUUACCCUGUAAAGUCUUAAUAGUUGCAGUUGUUUAUUACGAGUAGUUAUAGCGCUAUUAAUGUUAACGUUUUGUCAACUUGUUGGGACACACGUCCGUGGAUGAUGAGUUGUUUUUGACUCAGCGUUAUUUCGUCGCUUCGUUGUUUUGACUUUGCGUUAUUUCGUUACUGCGUUGUUUUGACGCCGCGUUAUUUUAAAACCACGUUGGUUUUACUGAACAUUGUUUCGACCCUGCGUUUUUUGACUCAGCGUUAUAUCGAUGAUGCGUUGUUUUAAUUCGAUGUUAUUACGUCGUUGCGUUGUUUAGACGCCGCGGUUUUUCGCCACAGCGUUGUUUCGUUGCUGCAUAGUUUUGAUCCAGCGUUAUUUUCGCGUAGCGUUUCGUUUUUGUAACUUUAAUAGAAUCGAUCCGACUGACUUAAAGGCGCUAUACCUCGUGAAUGUUUGUUAUAUGUAUAGUUCGGAUACCGAACACGAAACGUACAAAUAAUUGGUAUAGUUAAAACUGAACAGAUAUAUUUAAUAGAGAUCGUUUGUACCGUCGUCGUUGUUGCUGCGACUGUCCCGUCUUCCGUCUUCCGAUUUCUUCCUCGCGUUCUAUGCGACAGUUAUGUUUGAUCCGCGUUUCUUCCCUCAAUCAUACAACUAUUAUAGUUUAGCGUGAUUAUUAGUUUAGACGAUUUAGCGUUAAAAAUUGUUAUUUUUUUCUAUUAUGAGUUUAACCCGCUUUGCUAGUGUGUUACGAUUGUGAAUUUAUUUAGCGAUUUCGAUACGAUGCGAUCAUGUGAUGAGUGAUUAAAAAAACACCAAUUUGACGUAAAUAUGUAAUAGUAUAUAUCAAAUCUGAUUAUGAUAAGCUGCAAUUACUAAAGUAUUUCGCAUAUUAAUAGGAUUGUAUUAGACAUUAUUAACAACAAAUUAGGAUUAAAACCAUAGUGCUGAAUCUAUACCUCAUACAUACCUCCUGCGAAUUUGUUAAGACCUUGGAUUUAGGAUAUUAUACUAGCGCUGGUGUUGUCAGCCGAGUAUAGUUAGUUAUCAAGCCCUGUUUACUCCGCCGGUCACUCGCUGCCGACUGGCCCGGGCUCGCGGCACGUAGUGCUGCCCGCGUCACAGUGACGUCAUAACGCCUCGCCCGCCGCCAUAUUGUAACCGACUAGCAAAGCCCGCUUAUAUAACUAAUUAUUCUAGUGUUAAAUAAACAAUACCUUUUAAGGCUGGUGAUACAUCUAUUUAUACUUUAGAAGAAAAAAGUUAAAACAAAAUGUGUAAGGCUGUAAUAUAGAUAAUCUGAGAGAAACAACUCAACGCCCUGUUAUAGUGUUUUUGUUUGUUUUUUUUUUUCUUUGUAAUUUAUAAAGAUGGAUUUUGGAGCGGUUGUCGAUGGAAAACCAUGGACUCGUCGCCCGAGAUUAUUCAUAGUUUUCCUGAAUGCAAGUGCCUCUGAAUAUUCAAGACUAUAUUAUGUCCUAGUGAUUCCAAUGAGUUUCGCUAUUUAGUUACAGUUAACUUAGUGCAAUUAUCAAAUUGCGUGCAAUAAUUGUUGGUUAUGCGAAUCGACUAUUUAGAGUCGAGAGUGAACUGGAACAGCGAGUAAUGAAUUGUUUCAAGUACUUGAGCUGCCGCAAGCUCGGCCAUGGAUGGAGGUAGAUAAUUGUUUACAUUAAAUUAUUAUUAUACACGCAGCCAUGAUGUUACUAUGUGUUAGUCGAUUCGCAACACAAACACGGCAAAGGAGAUCCUUCGAUAGCAAUUACUCGAUCUCUUUGCAUUUACUUUAUUUGAUUUAAUUAUAAAUAAACAUUAAAAAGUACGGUUCGCUUGUAAUUUAUGUUUGUAUAGAGGUGAAUACCAUAUUUUGGUGUAUUUUUUUUCCUAGGAAAAGUCAUUAUUUAUAAAUAAAAAGGUCUGUUUAAAGACUUAUAAUAGAACUUGCGCACACAGUGCGAUUUAGCGAAUAUUUUUUUUUGUAAAAAGCUUUUCCAUAAUAAAAAUUUAUUUUGAGUUA